AGUGGGCGGAGCUUCUUUUCUGGUAAACUUUAAAGAUGGCGGCGGACAGCUAGCGGUGUUUCCCGCUGUUCACUCGUUAGUACAGCUCGGUCCAGACGCCAUGAACGGCUCGGUACCGGAUGCCUCGCGUGAACCGGACACUCGUGUUUGUGCUGCUGCUCGUGAGCAGCUGCGCGUUCCUGCUCUUCCAGCUCUACUACUACCGGAAUUACGUCAGCAAGCAAACUGGUCUACACCUCCUGAACCCUGGAGGUCAUGUGACCUCACGCCAGGUCCAAUGGCAGACCCUCAAGAAGUUCCUGGCCUUGGCUCAGUACUUCCGGCUGCCGCUGUUCCUCGCCGACACCGCCGCGCUCACGCUGCUCUCCCAUGAUGCUCUGCAGCAGCGAGACCGCACCAUGCAUGAGCCACACUGCAGCUUCCUGUGCGCUGGCCGGCCAAUCACCUCCUUCGCUCUGCAGGCCAGCCGGUGGAAGGACCAGCCUGGCUUCCUAUUGGCCGCUGAGGAGAAAGGCUUCGAGCUGCUGGAAGUCCGAGGACACGACCCGCGAUUGGCCAGUCUGGACACCCUAUCAGGGGAAGAGAUCCCCCUGCACUUCCUGUUCCGCCUCCACGGCUACGUCAUCCAGGUGGGUGGAGCCACGGUCACCUGCUCACCGGCUGCUUUGCUCUGGUUCUGCUGCUGUAGUACCGCUGCUUGUCUCCAGGUGGUGCUGCUGUACGAGCGCAGUGGAAACUACCUGUGGCACGGCGUCCUGCGUCUAAAGGCCGGCAUGGAUCGGAGCUUUGCCCCCUUUAACCUGCUGGACUACGGACGCCAUGGCGGAGCCUACGAUAGGCCAGAGCUGAUACUCACAGUCGUCGACAACCUCGACGUCCGGGUCCCACGCAACAUUUCCCGCUUCCUGGCGCAGCGGCGGCGGGCCCGCUUCCUGGAGUGUCGUUACCACGACGCCCGCAGCUUCCUGCAGCUCUACCCUGAGGAUUCAUCGGCGGCGGCCGUGGAGUUUCGUAGGAAAGCCAAGACGUUGCUGAGUUUAGCCGCUCAGACGCUGGGGGAGCUUGACGUCCCGUUCUGGAUCAGCAGCGGCACCUGUCUGGGAUGGUUCCGGCAGUGCAGCAUCAUCUCCUACAGCCGGGACGUGGACAUCGGCGUCUUCAUCGCAGACUUUAGGCCCGACAUCAUCCCAGCCUUCAGAGCCGCGGGGCUGUCUCUCAAACACAAGUUUGGAAAGGUGGAGGACAGUCUGGAGUUGUCCUUUCUGGGUGAGGACGUCAAACUGGACAUUUUCUUCUUCUACAAAGAUGGAGACGUUGUGUGGAACGGAGGAACGCAGGCGAAGAGCGGCAGGAAGUUCAAGUACGUCUUCCCUUCAUUCUCGCUGUGCUGGGCGGAGCUUCUGGAGGUCAAAGUUCGUGUUCCAUGCGAAACGCUUGACUACAUCAUGGCGAACUACGGCGCCACCUGGAGCGUCCCCGUGAGGAGCUGGGACUGGAAGUCGUCUCCCAGCAAUGUGAUUGAAAACGGGGUGUGGCCUGUGGCGGAGUGGGCGGGGCUUAUCCAGGUGUACUAAGAGGAGGCGGAGCAGCAAUUUUUUCAGUAAUCUGUAUGUCAACAUUUGCUUUGCAAAUAAAGUUUUACAAACCAAA